AUGAAUGACUAUAGAGCUGGUUCAGCCAUUGCGCAGGGAUCUGAUGUUGGUCGAAUUGGCAAGUGUUCUAAGUGGAGCCCAACUGAUCUUGAGUCGUUGUGGUUAUUGAUCUCAGGCGCUUCCAAUCCUCCAAAAGCCAUCCAUUUUUCCAGAAGAAGAACCAAAAGUGGUGACUUUCUCGCUGGUAUAUCACAUGAUUUAGCCAACGUGGAGGAUGCGAUCGGAUGUCAGUUAUUCAACACUGUCAGAGAUCUGUACUUAACAAAGUCAGCAGCUCUUCGCCAUAUUCAAAAACUUUUUGAAAGAUGUAGGUAUGAAGAACUCCAGCCAACGUUGUAUUUUACUGGACAUGGAGAAACUGACACUGGAAACUGCGGUCAUUGGGCAAAUUUCUGCGUUAAGAAUAAUAUUCCAGGUUUCCAAUGCCUUGCAGCAUGUCCGGAGUACUGUACUGCCUUUGAUACGAAAGGUGAAGGGGGGGAUCUAACCUUGUUCGUGACAGGAAAGAUAGAGCGGCCAAGAACCGAACCUUUAUACAGCGGAGGGACACGCACUUACUUUCCAAUCACUGACGGAUAUGACCUGGCAUAUUACAAUGAUUUAGUAAGCUGUUUCGUGUCAAAUUCUGAAAAUAUUUUAGCGUCCCAGAGUAUCCUUGAUGGUUACUUUUGCGGAAUUUUUACAUCCUCGGAAUUAAACACUCCGUGGGUUGCAGCUACCUGGUCCAUAUGUUAUGAUUUUACUUCCUUAUCAACUUUUGUCGAAGAAAAUCCGUCCAAGCAAAUCUAUUCUCUGACGUGCGACGAGGACUUAGGGUUUGGUGUCUUCUUCAUCGAAUAUUAUGGAACAUGUCAAAAAAUAACAACGUGCCCAUUAGAAAUGGAGCAUUUAUGGAAACUUGGUUUUCAUAUUACUGCAUGUGUUGCCCGAAACUCAACAUUUUAUUUUGUAAUGACGAAGAACACACAGGAAUAUGAAGGUAAACUUCAGUUAUGGUUCAGUUUUAAAAAAUGGUCUCAGACUUACAGUGUUAUAGGGUAUUGGCUCAGUGAAGGGUACAAAGUAACAGGAUUAUGUUACUCAAAAGGACUGGGUCGGUACUUUGUUGUUAUGACGCAGAGUUGUAAAGUCCAAGUUGUUUUCCGUUUUGAUUCCUUACAUCUACUCUAUGAUGAUUUUAUUACGGAAGAGGGUUUUCAUCCUACCAUUCUGUACGAGACUCGAGAACGUGACAAUGGAGAACUCAUUCAGAUUGUAAUCAUGACCAAAGAUGAAACUAUAAGACGUUCUGAUAUAUUAGUUAGUCAUGAAUUAGAGGACUAAACGUUUUCUCCAUGGGUACUGCUGCCAAAGUGGCUGGUAUUGAUAGCUCGCCAAGUACGUUUUAAUACUUUGACGGACGUUUAUUCGUUGAUCUGCAGGGAUCAAAAAAGCUCCUAGAUAUUGAUUACUUUUAAGACAUUCGUGCCUCAAACCGGAGCAGUAAUUAGUAUAAAUACCCCCUCCCUUCCCCUGCCUUUAGCAUCAAAUAUGAAGCACAACUAAAAACGACUUUAGGACCUAUACAGUUUUUUUUAGUCAUGAGUGACUUUUUAACCUGUCGAAUUUCAACGUCGACAUGACACUUUAAAAGAAACAGUGUCAACGUUGGACGACUUGACUUGUAUGCUUUCGUAACAAAUGCUCGUAGUAUCCGGUGCAACAAGGGAGGGGUUGGAGCUUGAAAAGUAAACACUCCUUUAUUCCUUUUAUAAUAUAUAAAAGAUCUUAAGUAAGAACGUCAGUCGGUUCUGCUGUUAAAUGUCUAUGAUAAAAGUAGUGACAGUUUUUGCGCAUUGUAGUCAGCAUCAUAAGCUACGUAUAUAAUAAGUUAAGGGUAACCAUUCCCAAUGUAUUUGCAAGCCAUACAAACUUUUCAUUUUUAU